UUGUAUGAUCAGGCUUUGGUCCAAGUGACCCACAGCCUGCAGGCAGAUUCGGGGACAGCACUUUCAUACAAAAAUCGAUCUAGUUAGUAUAAGUUGCAUGUGUACAGUUUCAAAUAUUUAUAGAGGCAUGAAACAGGGAGCAAACAAUGAGGGAUGGUUGAUUACAUACAUGGAAAAAAUAGUUGGUGUUAAUGUUGGUAGAUCAUGCCAGAAACACUGAGUAUAUAAUCUAUACAAAGGCUACUUCACCAUGAUGCUCAUAUUAUUGUGAGAGCCUAAUUAUAUAUGCGGCGCUACAAACUUAUACUCCUUUCGUUAGGUGCAAAUCUCAUCUCCCUAUAUAUCCUCCCUUCCCCUUUUCUCUUACCCCACAUCCCCUCCAUAUUCUUUCCUAACCCCCCUGCACUACCGCCUCCACCCUUCAUUCACUACUCUCCACCUGCUACCUCUUUUCACCUAUCUUCCAUUUUCACCCCCUCUCAUCUCCUCCCAUACCUCUACCGUCUCCCUCGCUUCCUCCAAUCACCUUCCAGACCAGUGGGAGCCAGUACAAGAUGCAGCUGUAUGAGAAGGCAGACUUCGGGGGCCAGGCCUUCGAGGCCACAGAGGACUGUCCCUCCCUCCUGGAGAAGUUCCGCUGGAGGGAGGUCAACUCCUGUAAGGUCUUCGACGGCUGGUGGGUGUUCUACGAGCACCCCAACUACCGUGGACGCCAGUACUUCCUCGAGAAGGGGGAAUACCGCAAGCCAGGAGACUGGGGCGCUGUCAGCCCUACGGUCCAGUCCUUCAGGCGCUUCACUGAAUGAUUUAACCUUCAUCUAAAACGUUAAAACAAAGCAACCUACUAUGUCGAUAUUUUACUAUAACUUUCAUUGACUAUUUUGUGAUUUUGAACUGAGGUCUCACAAAU